GAACCUGCUUUGUGAAUUUAACAUUUGCAUUUACAUCACGAGCUUCAGUUUUAGAAUCGCUGCACCCCUCAGUGGUUGGUCGGUGUAUUACACAAAUACUGUGACUGCUUCCCUACUUGCAUAUCUAAAUAUUAAAUCACACUUAUCAUGAGAAACUCUAUAAUAAUAAUAAUAAUUAAUUACAUUUAUAGCGCACUCUAUAUUCAUCUGAAUCUCAGAGUGCUACAGUAAAAACAUAGUUAAAACAUAGUUCUACUCUAUAUUUAUGUUCCUUGUGAGGCCUUUCUAUUUAAUGUAUAAUAAUAGGUUUCUCUGUUACUUUACUUCUUAGACUUUGAUCAUUUUAUAAUAUUCAAUGUUGCUUUCAUUGUUUGAAAUAUCAAAUAGCUAAUGAUAAAUGCUGCAUUAAGUAUCAAAACAAGCCUUCACAUUUUUUUAUUAAAUGUUUAUCAAAUAUUUUGUCUGCAGCUAUGCUUAUUAUUGCACUAAGAAGUUAGGGGUUCAUCUGACUUUUAGGUGUUCCGUGUAGGUGGAGGAACUGUUAAUCCUUUUGUUAUAAAUAAACGUUGUGCAUGACUGUGUUAUUAAACUUGUGAGCGCAAGAACGAGUAUAAAAUGUUUGUAGGUGUUUGGUUGAGAUGUGACUUGUUUAAUCAUGCCUACUCAUUACGCGUAACAACGUGCUGUGCAACAACGCAACAUUGCGGACGGGAUCAAGGACAGGAAAGUGAGGAUGUGUUAUAGGUCUUUGUGGAACGGAGGGCAGUGGAAAAGUUUGUUGUCUACUAACCUGCUGGUGAAAGUCUCAAAUAGACUCGCUGUCAAAGGCCCACGGGGCCGAGUGCCUGAGACAGCUGCUUCUAAAAAUAACAGACCCGCUCAGGCACCCUGUAGGAGUACACGGACACACAUAGCAAUAGCAAAGUCUAGCCAGAGGUCUGGCGCACUGACUCUCAGGCAGACAAAAGCACAGACUGCACACAUGCGGCAGCAAACAAAGAAAACCAGAACAACACAACCUCCUGUCACUCAUCCACGCUCUUUGCUGAGCUGUUGACUGUCAACACAACAUAUACUUUUCGACCAUGAGGAGCCUGCGCUUCCUCGCGGCUGAGAGUUUCGUGGGUUGCGGCCCAAGCGCUCAUGAGAACAUCAGCAGCCUCUCCCACAACCUGUACCCCCUGAUCUUCAAAGCCGCCUACCUGCGAGAGGAGGCUGCGUUUCUGCAUGACCUUGUCCAGACCUGGCCUCUUCCCCAACUAAACCUCCAACGGCUGCUGGGACGCACAAGUGACUGCCAAGAGGACCUCACCUCACGGACGUGUCGCAUAUGCCUUGAUGCAGUGUUCACCGGGCUUCGGGACUAUGUGUUGAGCGCGCCAAAAACGUAUGCUAAAUCUCUGCGGCUUGUCGAUUUGACGGGUUUACAGGACCAGGAGCGGCAGCCGUGCAACUGUGAGAAAACACUAGGGCGCUGGGCCCGCACGGAGCGUUUGACCCGCAUGUGCUAUGAGGUGAUGGUGGCCAUUCAGGCUGGUACAGCAGAUCCGUCGGCAUUGGACACCGAGGUGGAUGUUCGGCUGGAGGCGUUCGUCACGGGCCGCAGCUACGAGGUGGUGGUGCAGGCAUUGCUCCUUCGACGUCACUGUCCAUUGAAGAUUCGCUGUACCACCCUGCGUGCUGACUCAAUUUCCGUGAAGAAUCUGGUUUAUUUUCUGCGGCUAGCGGAGCCCGAGGGGCUUCAGAAGUUGGAGGUGGUCCACAAUGUCCACCUGGAGGCUUCGCACUUGGAGGUAAUUCUUUCCAAGCUGGACCUCAGAGAACUGCGAUCCCUCACGCUCCCCGCUCGUGCUCUGAAUGUGAGGCGGAUGGGACCCGAAGAGUUGGGCCAGUUCGGGGUUCUGGGAGAUUUGUUAAGUAAGCUGACACACCUGAGUGAACUCUACCUGGGCUUCUCAACUUUAACGGGACACCUUCGAAGGCUGAUCAGUCCUUUGACCACCCCUCUGCAGUGUCUGGAGCUUGCCAACUGUUCUCUGUCAGCGAUUGACAUGGCCUACCUGGCCAACAGCUUACACAGCGAGAACUUGGUUCGCCUGGACCUGAGCGGGCAUGAGGUGGGCGACCUCUUCCCCAACACCUUCCGGAAACUUCUUCAUCGCUGCUCAGCCACUCUGUGCAGCCUCUGCCUGGAAGAGUGUGGUCUGGAGGAUGAACACCUGGAGCUGCUUCUAGAGGCUCUGGCCCCCUGUGACAGCCUACAGGAGUUUAAGAUCCUGGGGAACCCGCUGAGCUGGGUUGCCCUGCGGAGGAUUUUCAACAUGCUGGCCCAACGCUUCCCUAACCUGAGGUACGUGGAGCUCCCAGUGCCACGAGAUUGUUACCCUGCAGACGUCACCUAUCCUCUAGACGACAGCAUACUACUGCAGUACGACGAGGAAAAGUUCAGUGAGGCACGGGCAGAGUUGGUGGGCAUCCUGGAGCAUUCUGGGAAGGGCCAUGUGGAGGUGUGCACCCCGCUUUUGGGUGUGUAUGACCCAGACAUCAACGAGACGGCCAACGAGCUUGGGGUGUCCAUGGUGAACGCUUUCAAAGACGUGGUGGGCGAUUUCAUUGACACAGUCACAGACGUGGAGGAGAGGAGGGAGAGCAGGCUAAUGGAAUGAAUUGGGAGGAGAAAAAGGGGAGAGAUGAUGGUGUGUCUAAGGAGCGAGGGAUAUGGAGAUGGACAGAAUUUGGGAGGUGAAGAAAAGUAACAGGUGGAAGGAAGAGUAAAAAAAAAAGGAGUGGUAUGCCUGAAAAGAUGCAAGGAUUUUGAGUGUUUUUAUAGGUAUGUGAACAAAUGCACGGACUGUUACAUAGCCAAGAUGAGAAGAAAAACAAUGGACCUCAAGAUUAUGCUUCUGUGUGGCUACAGUCAGCUGCAGAGAAAGUGUGCGUAGGAUCGGGGAAAG